GUUCUGAGCCCCAGAGGGUGGAUACCCGGAGGUCCCAAGUGCCCGCGAGGAGCCCGCGGCGCCCAGGACCAGGCUUGGCGCUCGGAGCGCACCAAGCCUCGCAGAAGCAAAAGCUAAACCCUGAUGGGCCCGGGGGCUGGUGGGCUGGGGCGUAGCGUCAGCGCGGACCCCGAGCGUCUUUCGUUUUAAGGAGCCUCACUUCUGGGAAGGGACGGGGAACUGUCAAUCAGCGAGGGAGGGAGCGCACCGGCGCUGGGUGAUGUCAGCGGAUCAGCUGCUCGAUAACAAAGAGGGGGUAUUACAGGAGAAAGUUGCAGCGGCGGCGGCGGCCACGGCGGCACCCCGGAGCCUCGGAAGCGAGGGGCAAGUGGGCGAAGGAGGAGGGACGGCUGCUGCGGGAGCAGCUUAAGGCCAAGGAAUUGAAAGGGCUCUAGGGGGAGGCAGUGCGAGCCAGCCCCGACUGCUCCUCCUCUUCCUCCUCCUCCAAACUCGCAGGGUUCAGCCCCAGCGCUCGCUCAGCCGCCGGGAGCACCCGGAGGGACGGGAGGCAGCCGCGCGGCCCCGAGCUGGGCAGGGUCCCCAGCCGCCAUGGAUAGCGACGACGAGAUGGUGGAGGAGGCUGUAGAAGCUUCGAGGAGUGUUGAUGGUGGUGUUUUAAUUUCACAGUGUCCUGAACUGUUUAUCUCCAAUGAGUAAAGAAGCCAAUGCUGGGACUUACUGGGGCCCAAAGAUGUUACUUGGAAGCCUUCUUUAAAUGGCACCUGGAUGACGAUGGAUUACCGCACGGCUUCUGCACGGUCACCUACUCCUCCACAGACAGGUUUGAGGGCAACUUCAUUCACGGAGAAAAGAACGGACGGGGGAAGUUCUUCUUCUUUGAUGGCAGCACCCUGGAGGGAUAUUAUGUGGAUGAUGCCCUGCAGGGCCAGGGAGUUUACACUUAUGAGGAUGGAGGAGUUCUCCAGGGCACAUAUGUAGACGGAGAGCUGAAUGGACCCGCCCAGGAGUACGACACCGAUGGAAGACUGAUCUUCAAGGGACAAUAUAAAGAUAACAUUCGGCAUGGAGUGUGCUGGAUAUAUUACCCAGAUGGAGGCAGCCUUGUAGGAGAAGUAAAUGAAGAUGGGGAGAUGACUGGAGAGAAGAUAGCAUAUUUGUACCCUGAUGAGAGGACUGCCCUGUAUGGAAAAUUCAUUGAUGGAGAGAUGAUAGAAGGGAAACUGGCUGUUCUUCUGUCCACUGAAGAAGGAAGGCCUCACUUUGAACUGAUGCCUGGAAGUUCGGUGUACCACUUUGAUAAGUCAACUUCAUCUUGCAUUUCUACCAAUGCUCUUCUUCCAGAUCCAUAUGAAUCAGAGAGGGUUUAUGUUGCGGAAUCUCUCAUUUCCAGUGCUGGAGAAGGACUGUUUUCAAAGGUAGCAGUGGGACCCAAUACUGUUAUGUCUUUUUAUAAUGGAGUCCGAAUUACACACCAAGAGGUUGACAGCAGGGACUGGGCUCUGAAUGGGAACACCCUCUCCCUCGAUGAAGAAACGGUCAUUGAUGUGCCUGAGCCCUACAACCGUGUAUCCAAGUACUGUGCCUCCUUGGGACACAAGGCAAAUCACUCCUUCACUCCGAACUGCAUCUACGACAUGUUUGUCCACCCCCGUUUUGGACCCAUCAAGUGCAUUCGCACGCUCCGAGCCGUGGAGGCCGACGAGGAACUCACCGUUGCCUAUGGCUACGACCACAGCCCCCCGGGGAAGAGCGGGCCUGAAGCCCCCGAGUGGUACCAGGUGGAGCUGAAGGCCUUCCAGGCCACCCAGCAGAAGUGAAAGGCCUGGCUCUGGGCUUCAGAGACCUGGAAUAGAAACUUGGAUCUAUGCACUACGUUUAUCCGACAACGGGACAACCAGGGACUGCUCAUGCUGUGACAUCACAUCCUCUCACUCUGCGUUCGCUACAACUUUCUCGAAUACUAACUAGGUCUGACUGUAUUACUCAUACCAGAUUUAAAAUUAGCUAGCAACAACGCCCUCCUGAGAGGUACUGUUGAGCACUUGACAGAAGACAGCGUGAUGUUCUUGGGUGGUUCGAGACUAAAUCUGUACCACAUUCAGAGAUGCCAAACGAUUAGACUGAAAAAAGGGAAAAAGGGGGUUUUUCAGUCAUUUUUAGUCAGUGGCUUUUCCAUGAGGUUUAUUUCUAUGGCCAGUGCAAAUUGCGUUAUCACACUUGCAUAUGCGCCAUAUGGAGGACAGAGAAUUACUACAUUUUUAUUCUCUAAAUGUAGUAUCAUUUGCCUUUUAACCUUUGAUCUGUUCUUGCAAUAGAAUGGCUUUGUUUUCUCCCUAGCGAACAGAAGCCCACUUUUUGAGUCACUUCACCCCUUAGUCCUCUUCUCUUAGGUAUCCUUCACAAGAGAAAACUUCCAAAUGGAUUUCGUUUCAGUGCCAGUGUGUAGGUCUCUCUGGCUCUCUCUAUAUCACUGUUUCAUUAUUAUGUCCUAAUAUAAAGACCUGGCUCCUAGGGCCAGGCUAUUAUUAUAGAAUUAUUAUUCUCGCAUGUAAACAAAGAUAUCUUUGCUUUAAGAUGUGAGAAGAAAUGAAUUUACUUUGUUUGCAUUAAGUUAUGGAAGAGUUGUAACAUAUACUUUAAGAAAGAGGAGAGGGAAAUUAGUAUUUCUAAGCAGUAGACGUGGCAAUUUUGCAAUAUCUUCAAUAGUGCUAGUAAUUUUUUUUCUCCUUGGGUACACAUUAAAUGUACAUAACAGAGCAGUCUGGCUUGUGGCACAGUGCAUUGAAUUCAAAAGUCUAAUAGCAAACUUGAAUUAUAACACAGAAUUCAAAAGGCUUUUUUGUUUUUUGGUUUUUUUUUUUUAAUCGCUACUGUUAAGAGAGACGUACUGAUCACUAGGUACAAAUCAAACCUUAAUGCUAAAACUCUUCAUCAUUGUAAUUUCAAAGCACUUACCUGCUUCACAGCCUUGUGAAUUAAGACUAACACCUGUAUAGUUUAGAAGCAACGGUAUCAAUAGCAUUUCAGCCAUUUUUGCUAGCCUUGUGCAAUCACAACUGCAGAAAUAAGGAGAAAAGCCCCUGUUUUUUUAGUUUAGCUAAUUAGGUAUGUAACCUGACUGGGAUUACUCUGGGGGAAUUCUGGGAGUUUGGGUUUUUGUAAGUGCCCUCACCACAUGCCAUAGCUGUGUCCUCCUCAGAUGCCCAGCUGAGGAGCUGGGAGGUCUGGAAAGCAGCAGUUGCUACAAGUUGCAACUGUCAGCUGGGGCACCUGUCACCGAGUCAGUUUGGUCUUGAAAGCUGAAGCCUUCCACACUGUAGCUCUGGCUAGUAGGGAAGGCUUGCUGGGAGCAGGAAAAGAGAAAAGAAACAGGUGGGAGGAAGUUUGCUAUUUCAUGUCAGUUACACAUUGCUCUUGGGAAGAAUUUAACAAAAGUGCUUCAUCCAAGGCUGCUCACAACUUUCAGUUCUGGCAGCUCCUGGGCGCAGGAUUCAGCCUUCUAGACAGUGACAGAAGUGGCCCUUUCCCUUGGUAAGUCCAGACUUUCCAGAGCUCCCCUGUCCCCAGCAGUGCAGCUAGGUGGCCAUGGUUUCAGGGAGCUAAGCUGCUGGUUCACUCGUGAGAAGUUCUGAGGCUGCCAGGAAGAUCUUCCACGAAGUGAACUGAAUAGAGUUUUUAGAUUAAAAGGCACCAGGAUAGGAUCGCUUCUAUUCUGUAGAAAGAGACCGUUCCAUAAACUGGCAGAUGGGCAGAGCCUUGGGACUUGUAUUCCGAUAGGUGCUUUCAUUCAAGCGCGUCCCAAAGUAAGUGACUGUCUUCAGGAGAAAGAUGGCUUUAAUCAACCCCAGUGAGUUGGGUUGUGGAGCGAGAUCAGGGAGUGCAGUCGGGGGGAGGAUGGCGCAGGACUCCAAAGCAAGGACUUGAGGCUGCCGGCUGCCAUGGGGUGUAAUUUCUGUCCCAAUGGGCUACCCCAUUCCAGUGGAAUUUUUCUUUUCUUUUGACAAAAGUGGCUGAAGAGUGGGAAAUAGUGAUUAACCAGCGAAUCCAUUUUUCAAAUAAGAUAGUGAAUAACUCUCUGAGUUUAAAGCCCAGCAGUGUGUCUGUGUGUGACAUUCAGACAAAUCAGAGGAAGCAGUACAUCCAAGCUGAGCCUCUCCACGUCCUCUCUCCUGUCUCCCUUGUUCUCUGGCUCUUCUUUCUCCUGCCCUACCCUUUCCUCUCUCUCUC